AUGCAAUCCUAUAAAGAAGCUUUAUAACUGUUUUAAAAAAACUCAAUGAAUCUACCAAUGACUGAACAUGAAGAUAAAUUAAAUAUUAUGUUAGAAUACUUACUACAUGAAUUAGAAAAAGACAAGAAGGAAUUAUAGAUGUUGAGAUAGGAAAUCAUACAUGAGUCAUACCUUUAGUCAUCAAUUAAUGACGAUACUUCAACAAGCUUUAUUGAAGAGAUAGCCGAUUUCACUCGAAAUUUUAGAAAAUUGGCUGACCAAGCAAAUACUGAAAUAAAUGAAUUAAGCAAUUAAGUUGACACAUUAAAAAACGAAAAAGCAAGAAUUAAAAAAUCAGCUAAUUUAUUGGAUCAUAGAGUAUAUGAAAUGGAAAAGGUAUUAGGAGUAGGUAUAAACCCAGCUAAAUCUUAAGAAGCAAACAACUGA